AGCUCCGGGUGCCGCCGCCCGCCCGGCCCCCCGCGGGCGCUGCCUGGCCAUGGCCGCGGCCUCCUCCCCGCCCAGGCCCGACAAGAAGCGCUGGGGCUGCGGCCGCCUGCCCGGCUCCCGGCGGGGCAGCACGGGCCUGGCCAAGAAGUGUCCCUUCUCGUUAGAGCUGGCGGAGGGCGGCCCGGGGGGCGGCGCGCUCUACGCACCCAUCGCGCCGCCGGGCGCCCCGGGGCCCGCGCCCCUCGCGUCCCCGGCCGCGCCCCCGACCGCCGCCGACCUUGCCCCGCGGCCGCCCGUGAGCCUCGACCCGCGCGUCUCCAUCUACAGCGCGCGCCGCCCGCUCCUCGCGCGCACCCACAUCCAGGGCCGCGUCUACAACUUCCUCGAGCGCCCCACCGGCUGGAAGUGCUUCGUGUACCACUUCGCAGUCUUCCUCAUCGUCCUGGUCUGCCUCAUCUUCAGCGUGCUGUCCACCAUCGAGCAGUAUGUCGCCCUGGCCACAGGGACCCUCUUCUGGAUGGAGAUUGUGCUGGUAGUGUUCUUUGGGACGGAGUACGUGGUCCGCCUCUGGUCAGCAGGCUGCCGCAGCAAGUACGUGGGCGUCUGGGGGCGGCUGCGCUUUGCCCGGAAGCCCAUCUCCAUCAUCGACCUCAUCGUGGUCCUGGCCUCCAUGGUCGUCCUCUGCGUGGGCUCCAAAGGGCAGGUGUUCGCCACCUCGGCCAUCAGGGGCAUCCGCUUCCUCCAGAUCCUGAGGAUGCUGCAUGUUGAUCGCCAGGGAGGCACCUGGAGGCUGCUGGGUUCUGUGGUCUUCAUCCAUCGCCAGGAGCUCAUCACCACCUUGUACAUCGGCUUCCUGGGUCUCAUCUUCUCCUCGUACUUCGUGUACCUGGCCGAGAAGGACGCCGUGAACGAGUCGGGUCAAGUGGAGUUUGGCAGCUACGCGGAUGCCCUGUGGUGGGGGGUGGUCACGGUCACCACCAUCGGCUACGGGGACAAGGUGCCCCAGACGUGGGUCGGGAAGACCAUUGCCUCCUGCUUCUCUGUGUUUGCCAUAUCCUUCUUCGCGCUCCCGGCGGGGAUUCUCGGCUCCGGCUUCGCCCUGAAGGUCCAGCAGAAACAGAGGCAGAAACACUUCAACAGGCAGAUCCCGGCCGCAGCCUCUCUCAUUCAGACGGCGUGGAGGUGCUAUGCAGCUGAGAACCCCGAGUCCUCCACCUGGAACAUCUACGUCCGGAAACCCACCCGGAGCCACACCCUGCUGUCCCCCAGCCCCAAGCCCAAGAAGUCCGUCAUGGUAAAGAAGAAGAAGUUCAAACUGGACAAGGACAACGGGGUGAGUCCCGGAGAGAAGACGCUCACGGUCCCCCACAUCACAUGCGAGCCUGUGUCAGAAAAGCGGAGGCCAGACCACUUCUCCGUGGACACCUGCGACAGCUCUGUGAAGAGCCCCAUGCUGCUGGAAGUGAGCACGACCCACUUUUUGAGAACCAACAGCGUGGCCGAGGACCUGGAUCUGGAGGGGGAGACGCCGCUGGUCCCCAUCACGCACGUGUCACAGCUGCGGGAGCACCACCGGGCCACCAUCAAGGUCAUCCGGCGUAUGCAAUACUUUGUGGCCAAGAAGAAAUUCCAGCAAGCGCGGAAGCCCUACGACGUGCGGGACGUCAUCGAGCAGUACUCCCAGGGCCACCUCAACCUCAUGGUGCGCAUCAAGGAGCUGCAGAGAAGGCUGGACCAGUCCAUCGGGAAGCCGUCCCUUUUCAUCUCUGUCUCAGAGAAGAGCAAGGACCGGGGCAGCAACACCAUCGGGGCCCGCCUCAACCGGGUAGAAGACAAGGUGGCGCAGCUGGACCAGAGGCUGGUGCUCAUCACGGACAUGCUUCAGCAGCUGCUGUCCCUGCACCACGGCGGCCCCCCGGGGAGCCGCCCCCCCAGCGGCGGCGGGGCUCAGGUGCAGCCCUGCGGCCCCACCAACCCUGAGCUCUUCCUGCCGGGCAACGCCCUGCCCACCUACGAGCAGCUGACUGUGCCCCACAGGGGCCCCGAGGAGGGGUCCUGAUGGGGGCUCGGGGCCCCAGGCCUUCGAGGGAAGGCCCGGAGGAGCCCCGGGCGGCCGGGCCCACCUCCCACCCAGCAGCGGCCCCCUGGGUCACCGGCCCCUCCCUCGCAGGCCCCAGACCUCCCCGUGAGCCACGAUGCCCCGAGAGCCUGCUCUUAAAGGGUCCCUGAGGCCGCCUCUCCCCAGCCAGCGGGUACUAGAACUUGGCUGGGUUCGGGGGCCCCUCUCGGCUCUGAGACCAUACCGUGGACCCCACAUCACUCGUGUGGCAGUUGGGACACAGUGGCAGGGCUCAGGCUGGACACCCGAGGCACUGGGUCCAUCCCACGUACGGCCAAGAGACAGCACAGGGAGUGCAGGCCCACCCUGGUAGGCCCUAGGGGGCUUCCUGAGAGGAGACAGAGGGGCAGCCUGGACAGGGUCUGGGGGUACCACACCCUCAGACUCGAACCCAGGACCCCUGGAGAAGGCAGGCAGGGCAGGGCAGGCCCAGCCCAUGCCAACUCAAGGAUGCCCAUGACGGAGGCCCCGGAGCCCCGCUCAGCAGGCCCCAGGCCUGGGCCACGGCUUCCGGCAGGAGGGACCAGCCCACCGCGGUCCCCAGAGUGCUCCCCUGGGGGUGGAAUGUCCCCCACUUUGGACUGGCAGCUUCUCCCGCUCACUCCCUGCCCCGCGUGCGGCCCCCGCCUCAGCUCCCCGCCAGGUCCGAUCAGCUGGAAAGAGGCACAGAACCGUCGUGUCCCCUGGCCGGCUGCUGGGCGAGGAGUUGCGUGAGGCUGUCACGGUCCGAGCAUGGGACAGGGGCUCCUCCCGGGCGUCACGUCUCACAGAAAUCAGAAUAAUUUAAGGUGAUUUGGAAUCUGUGUUUUAAUGAGUUUCACAGUAUGAUUUUGACUCUUAAUUGUGACGCUUUUCCUAAUAAACGUGGAGUCACGAAAUCUGUCU